UGUUCUCUAUCCCUCUCUCUCUUCACCAGGUCUGCCUGGGAAUGGUGGGGUCAAAGUUGACAUCACUGCUCACUCUUUGAGUGAAGGAAUGCCACAGCAAGGAGGGGGACCCAGCGUCAGCAAUCCCAUCGUGAAUGCUGUGCCGGCCAAGGAGAAGCCCCCCAAGACGAAGAAGCCGGCUGCUAAGGAACCCGCAGAGAUGCCCGCAACUGCGGAGAAGCCUCUCAAGACGAAGAAGCCGGCUGCUAAGGAACCCGCAGAGAUGCCCGAAACUGCGGAGAAGCCUCUCAAGACGAAGAAGCCGGCUGCUAAGGAACCCGCAGAGAUGCCCGCAACUGCGGAGAAGCCUCUCAAGACGAAGAAGCCGGCUGCUAAGGAACCCGCAGAGAUGCCCGAAACUGCGGAGAAGCCUCUCAAGACGAAGAAGCCGGCUGCUAAGGAACCCGCAGAGAUGCCCGCGGCUGCGGCGAAGCCUCCCAAGACGAAGAAGCCGGCUGCUAAGGAACCCGCAGAGAUGCCCGCAACUGCGGAGAAGCCCCCCAAGACGAAGAAGCCGGCUGCUAAGAAAUCCGCAGAGAUGCCCGCAACUGCGGAGAAGCCCCCCAAGACGAAGAAGCCGGCUGCUAAGGAAUCCGCAGAGAUGCCCGCAACUGCGGAGAAGCCCCCCAAGACGAAGAAGCCGGCUGCUAAGGAAUCCGCAGAGAUGCCCGAAACUGCGGAGAAGCCCCCCAAGACGAAGAAGCCGGCUGCUAAGGAACCCGCAGAGAUGCCCGUGUAA